AUGUCCGCGAAAUCCUCCGGCGCCCAACCCAAUGGCACCCCCAACGGCGACACCAAAUCCCGCACCCACCACGACGGCAGCAGCGGCCGCGCCUUCACCGUCGAGCAAAAAGCCGCCGUAAUCCGCGUCAAGAGAUGCAAACCGACCGACUUCUACGACAUCCUGGGGCUGGAAGAGGUGCGCUCGUCAUGCACAGAUUCAGAGAUCAAAAAGGCGUACCGGAAACUGAGUCUACUUACGCAUCCGGACAAGAAUGGCUAUCCUGGGGCAGACGAUGCGUUCAAAAUGGUUUCGCGAGCAUUCCAGAUAUUGAGCGAUGCGGAGAAGAAGCAGAAGUAUGACAAGUUCGGUGGAGAUCCGGACAACAGGUUCUCGGGCAUGGGAGGGGGAGGAGGAGCAAGCGCAUCGCCUUUCUCCGGCUUUGCGUCCCAGCGGGGACCUGCGCGGGGCCCGAUGUUCGAGGAGGAGAUAUCGCCGGAAGAGCUGUUCAGACAAUUCUUCGGCGGAGGCAUGGGCGGUGGGCCGUUUGGUGGGAUGGGAGGGUUCGGAGGGCCGGGGUUCGUGUUCAAUAUGGGUGGUGGGCCUGGCGUGCGGAUACAUCAGUUUGGCGGGAACAGGCCGCGGAGACGGCCGCAUAACCAUGAGACGGGACAGCGGGGACCUACGGGACCGAUGGAAACGCUGCGGAGUCUGCUGCCGCUGUUGCUGCUGUUUGUGCUACCGCUAUUGAGCUCGCUGUUCACUGGGUCUGGCUCGUCGGGACCGAAGAUCUUCAUGGGGAAGCAAGCGCAGUCGCCUUACACAAUGUCACAUACGAGCGACCGGCUGAGCGUACCAUACUGGGUGAAUCCGGCGGACGUGACGGAGUUCACACCGAAGAAGUGGAAAGAGCUGGAUAAGGUGGCGGAAGGGCAGUACGUGGGUCAGCUAUCAGCAGAGUGCGAGUGGGAGAACAACCGGCGGCAGCAGUUGGCAAAUGAUGCGCAAGGCUUCUUUUUCACGGAUCAGAUCAAGCUGGAUCUGGCGAGACAGAUGGAGAGGCCGAGCUGUACCAAGCUGGCAAGUCUUCCGGGUUAUAGUUGGCGAUAG